AUGGGUGGUAUCCGCAGCGUGUAUGAUGUCAGAAUGCAAUUCAAGGAUUAUAAAGAUAAACAUGGAAAUUUAUAUCUGACGAGGCAACAGAGACACCUGGCGGGAUUUUCUAUGUAUAUUUCAAAUACAUCUCGAAAAGAAGACGGAUACCUAUGUUACGAAGAUUUGCCAACACUAGGGUUACCGGACUUGAAUUUCGGUACAAGGUGCAUUAAAUAUGGACGUUUCGUCAUCUUUUACAACGAACGACUUGGACAGAAAUCUUAUUCUUCGUCAAGAUAUGAAAACCCUGCUUUAACAGAGUUAUGUGACGUAGUUGUGCGAGGUUGUUAUCAAACAGGGGUAUAUGGAUAUAGCUGUAAUAUUAACUGUCCGAUCAACUGUCAAGGCCGGAGAUGCGACAUUGUUAAUGGCUAUUGUCUUGGAUGUACAGAAGGAUGGUCAGGAUCGAAGUGUAAUCAAGCUUGUCCUUCCGGAUGGUAUGGACUUGAGUGCAAAUUAAGCUGCUCUGAAAACUGCAGAUACAGCGACAUCUGUAAUCACGUGACAGGUAGAUGUGACAGAGGAUGUACUUCGGGAUGGAAAGAUUAUCACUGCGACAAAUAUUGUGAUCCGGGUACUUACGGACCUAACUGUGAGAACACCUGUAGUGGACACUGCUUCAAUGGUACCUCGUGUAACAGAGUGACCGGAAACUGUGAUAAUGGGUGUGAUCCUGGUUAUACAGGGGACCUCUGUGACACAGCAUGUCUACCUGGUUAUUUUGGGAUGCGUUGUAGAGACAACUGUAGUGGUCACUGUCUCCACAAUCAGAGCUGUCAUCAUGUCGAUGGAGUCUGUAACCACGGUUGUGCAGCCGGGUAUAGAGACACACAGUGCUUUAAUAAGUGUCCAGAUGGGUUCUUUGGAGUCGAUUGUGGUUUCCAGUGUAGUGAUAAAUGUGUUAACAAUAAAACCUGUAACAGAUUUGAGGGAACGUGUGAUGGAGGUUGUCAGAGGCCCUACAGCGGGCUGAUCUGUGAUCACCAGGUUGAAGAAUCCAAGUAUGGACUUGCUUUAGCUUCUUCAAAUAGUCCACUCGAAAAGGUCAAAGGAACCGAGUAA